CGAGCCGAGCCGAGCCGGGGCCCAUGUGGGGAGGAUCCGGAGCCGCCGUUGCCGCCGCCAGGACCAGCGGGACCCGAGGGGGAGUGAGGGGGAAUCGGCAGCAUGAAGUUCGCCGAACACCUCUCCGCGCACAUCACUCCCGAGUGGAGGAAGCAGUACAUCCAGUAUGAGGCUUUCAAGGAGAUGCUGUAUGCAGCUCAGGACCAAGCCCCCUCUAUAGAAGUUACAGAUGAGGACACAGUGAAGAGAUAUUUUGCCAAGUUUGAAGAGAAGUUUUUCCAAACCUGUGAGAAGGAACUUGCCAAAAUCAAUACCUUCUAUUCAGAAAAACUUGCUGAGGCUCAGCGCAGAUCUGCGACCCUUCAGAAUGAGCUCCAGUCCUCAUUGGACGCACAGAAAGAAACCUCUGGUGUUACUACUCUGCGACAGCGCAGAAAGCCAGUCUUCCACCUAUCCCAUGAGGAGCGCGUCCAACAUAGGAACAUCAGAGAUCUAAAACUGGCCUUCAGUGAGUUCUACCUCAGUCUCAUCUUGCUGCAAAACUAUCAGAAUCUAAAUUUCACAGGGUUCCGAAAAAUCCUGAAAAAGCAUGAUAAGAUCCUGGAGACAUCCCGAGGAGCAGAUUGGCGAGUGGCCCAUGUGGAGGUGGCACCAUUUUACACCUGCAAGAAAAUCAACCAGCUCAUCUCUGAAACUGAGGCAGUGGUGACCAAUGAACUUGAAGAUGGAGACAGGCAAAAGGCAAUGAAACGCUUACGUGUACCACCUCUGGGAGCAGCUCAGCCUGCACCAGCAUGGACUACCUUCCGGGUGGGCCUGUUCUGUGGAAUAUUCAUAGUGCUGAACAUUGCGCUUGUGCUUGCAGGUACAGUUAAGAUUCAAAAAGAACAGUCAGUGUGGCCCCUAGUAAGAAUCUACCGAGGCGGCUUUCUCCUGAUUGAAUUUCUUUUUCUCCUGGGCAUCAACACCUAUGGUUGGAGGCAGGCCGGUGUGAAUCAUGUGCUCAUAUUUGAACUCAAUCCCCGGAGCAAUCUGUCACAUCAGCAUCUUUUUGAGAUUGCUGGAUUCCUCGGGAUUUUGUGGUGCCUGAGUCUGCUGGCAUGCAUAUUUGCUCCAUUUGGCAUCCCCAUACAGGUGUAUCCACUUGCCAUCUAUGGAUUUAUGAUUCUCUUCCUCAUUAAUCCCACCAAGACCCUUUACUACAAGUCCAGGUUUUGGCUGCUCAAACUUUUGUUUCGGGUGUUCACAGCCCCUUUCCAUAAGGUAGGCUUUGCUGAUUUCUGGCUGGCCGAUCAGCUGAACAGCCUGGCAAUGAUACUUAUGGACCUGGAAUAUAUGAUCUGCUUCUACAGCUUUGAGCUCAAAUGGGAUGAUGCUAAGGGGCUGUUGCCAGAAAAAAUAGGAGGAAUUUGCAACAAAUACUCCUACGGAGUGCGAGCCGUUGUCCAGUGCAUUCCUGCUUGGCUGCGGUUCAUCCAGUGCCUGCGCCGGUACCGAGACACCAAAAGGGCCUUUCCCCACCUGGUCAAUGCCGGCAAAUACUCCACAACUUUCUUUAUGGUGACAUUUGCCGCCCUUUACAGUACACACAAAGAUCAAAAUCACUCAGACACCACAGUGUUCUUUUACCUGUGGAUUAUCUUUUAUUUCAUCAGUUCCUGCUAUACCCUCAUCUGGGACCUAAAGAUGGACUGGGGUCUCUUUGACAAGAAUGCUGGUGAAAACACCUUCCUCCGAGAGGAGAUUGUCUAUCCACAGAAAGCCUAUUACUAUUCUGCCAUCAUAGAGGAUGUGAUUCUUCGCUUUGCUUGGACUAUCCAAGUUUCACUCACCACCAUGGAUAUUUUCCCUUAUGCUGGGGACAUCAUCUCUACUGUCUUUGCACCCCUUGAGGUGUUUCGCCGGUUUGUAUGGAAUUUUUUCCGACUGGAAAACGAGCAUCUGAACAACUGUGGUGAAUUCCGUGCUGUCCGGGACAUCUCUGUGGCACCCUUGAAUGCAGAUGAUCAAACCCUGCUCGAGCAAAUGAUGGACCAGGAAGAUGGCGUACGGAACCGUCAAAAGAGCAAGUCCUGGAAGUGUAACCAGAGCUUAGCCUUGCGCCGUCCUCGUCUGGCUUCUCAGUAUGUAGUGCUUCUAUGUUAGAGAGCUCAGUCUCUCGGAAUCAAGCCCAAAAUAAGAUCCAAGGCCCGUGACACUAAGGUGUUGAUUGAGGACACAGAUGAUGAAGCUAACACAUGAAUUUCCCACAUCCCUUGUUCCACAUCCCCUGUUUUCUUGCUCUACUACCCUUUCCCCAACCAACUCAACCUCUGGUACCGUUUCCAGCUGAAAACAGGAGAAGACACUUAACACACUUUCCGAGCUCUUCCGGACCGGAUCCUAUGGACUCCAAACAAGCUCACUGUGUUUCUUUUCUUUUCUUGUGGUUUAAUUUUAAUUUUCUAUUUUUAAAAUAAAUAUUUACUUCAUUUUGCCAAUCAGAGGACAGUUUAAGGAAAAACAACAAAGUAUCCUAAUGAUUGUUUACAAUCACAACAAGGACAUAGAAACCUAUCCAGAUGAAGAACAGACGCAGCAAGGACUCCCUGAUGGGACAGUACCAAAUUGAAUCAGCGUCUGCUUGGCCCAGUUUUGACUGGUUGAAACCGGACCUGGGUUUUUUAAUUCCUUUGUCAAUUUACUUGGGUUUUUGUUUUUUCUUUCUUCCUUCCUUCCCUUCUUUCUUUCAUAUUCAGCGCAAAGGCACUGGCUGCACUUGCCGGGAAAGUGCACUUAGAGCAGUACCUUCAUCCACAAAGUGACUUUUUAAUUUGAUGUAACUUUUCUUAUUUUGGGGAAGGUAUCAGUGGGUGGGAAAUACGAUAUAUUUGUUGCAUAUAGUUUUCACAUUAUUUAUGAUACUUAACUGUAAGAGAAUGAUUUGAGUCCUGUGCAAUGAAGGUAAUAACAGUAGGAAGGGGUGGGGGAAUCUACUCUGAAGGGUUUCGUGAGGGUUCCACCCUGCAAUACCUCUUUCACAAGACAACUUGCACCAGUUUGACUUUCUUUUCUUUUUCUUUCUCUUAAACCAAAGUUUCUAUUUCUGAUUUUUAGUUGCUGCUGCUUUGGAAGCCCGAACAUACCUCUAUCAAGGUGUAUUGAUAGAGUCGCUAUCAGAUUUCCCACGAUCUGGGUGAAAAUAGUACAGGAGAUUCUGAGAAAUGUUUUUGACUCUGCCUCUGUCUUAUGCAGAACUACAGAAAUAGGCAGAUUGUGUAGCAAAGCAAGCUUGGCAUUAGGGCCCUAGGACCAUGAGCCUUUUCAAAUUUGGAUUAGAAGCCAAGGCUUGCAGUAUGUUCCUGCUUGGGCCAGGCUCAAGCCAGAAUUCAAGCAAAUAGGAGUCUGAGCAAUGCCGCGUUUUUGAGCACGUGAUAGUGUUAAAAUCAUUGUCCCUUCAAUUGCACUGGCUGCUGAGGUGUCUUUGUCAUUUAUUCCAAGAGUUAUGAAGAGGUGGCCAUUGGAGCCCGUGCUUGCCAGUGGUUAGGGAACUUUGUUUACUGGGCUUGCAUUUGUUGGAAAGUGUAAAUUCCUCCUCUUACUGUCACAUUACUUUUUAUUCCAACCUCUCAAAUUUCUCUCACCUAUCUUUUCCCCUUCAAAAUAAGCCCUAAAGCUGACCUAUAAUUCCAUGUGGAUUAACUGGGAUAAGGAACACUCCUACCCCAAAGUAAUUAGUGGUGCCUGUGUAAAGUAAAAUGGGUUUUGUUCCCCUCGCCCAGACCUGAGUGAACUCCCCUUCCUCAGUAGGUGGCUUAUGGCUUAGAUAAUACUGAAUAAUAACUGGCAACCCCUCUUCCUGGCCAACUGUGCUAUGUGUAGGGUUAAAGUCAGUGGGGCACAUGCAGGGAAGCCACUUCUAUUGUUUUCAGCUUAAAAUUAGGUCCACACAAAUGGAAGAGCCAGCUGUUAUCACUAACUCCAUUUCAAAGAACACAUGGUCACUGUCACUGUAACUUUGCCUACUUUGUUGUUCUAAAACUGAACCCCACAAUAUGAUAAUUAAUACCAGAAGACAAUGACAAUUACAGCAGUUACAAUUACUGUUUUAAGUCAGGAAAUGGACACGUAAUAUAUAGUUGGGGAUUUUUUUUUAUUUUGAGUAACACCCUCUCUGUUUUAAAUUUGCCCCAGCUCAAGUAUCUACAAUUUUCUUCCUCUUCUUCUCUGUCCAUAUGGCUUUUAUUGCUUAUUGUGUUUACUAAGAAUGCCUCUCAUGCAGAAAAACUGAGGUUCGAUAUUUUAAUGUUUUUCUUCUUUUUAAUUUAAAUAAAUUGUUUGUUGUUUUUAAUCGUCAGUGGUAGUAAUCCAGCGCCCCUUGGCAGAUAAUGGGUGUAGUGCUCAGGCUUCGAUUACCCAAACUACAGUUUCACUGCUGUUUAUCCAGGAAACACCAAAUUACUACAAUGGUAUUACUGAGAUGAGUUUGUGUGUCGGUCAUUUCCUGUUCAGGUUGUAUAGUUUGGUGUGUAGCCAGGGUCAACUGGAAUUUGAGCCUGAAUCCAUUUGCUGUUGAGUAAUCCCAUACUAUACAUUGACUUAAAAUCCUAUAGUUUGACCUAGAUAAUAAAAUAAUCAGUGAUAUAUUUGAAGCUCUGUUCUGGAAUGAAGUAUUUUAAAGCCUCUUAGCCUAUCACGCUAAAUGUUCAUAAAAUGCACAGGUUUAGUCUUCAGAUAAGGACAACAAUAUAAGGAAUAGAGGGAGUUUUAUGAGUUGCAGGGUAAUUUGGUAAUUCACCACGGAGUGUCAUUUAUUUUUUCUUCAAAAGAAAGGAUAAUUGUUAUUUUCCUACCUUUCGCAGCUAAAAUUUUCCCCAAAGAAAGAGGUUUCUUGCUCCAGCCCUAACCAACAUAACCCAGGGUGAUCUAAUCAGUCUAACUUUGAAAAUUGGGAUUAAGCAUUGGGAGAAUGUAUUUCGAUAAGUCAGUUCUCCAACGAUUAAAGAAUUAAAAGGAACAGCAUCCCAAUGAAAGGUAUGGCUUCAUUUGAUAAUAUGCAUAAAAAUUCUAGCUUUAUCUGGCCUUUGGAAAACAUAUGAUUCCAAAUGCCAGUUUUGAAGAUUGAAAUUCAAAAUGCCAAUUAAAAUGUACCCUCUGGCAAAAGAAUGAAAAGAUAGCUUCCAUGUAUAUUUCUGAAAAAUUUUUUUCAUUUUAUAGUUGGGUGGUAUAACAGGAGUUAAUGCGUAUGGAAAGAUUGGGGCAACAAAAAGUGAUUUAUUUUUUAUGCACAAGUGAGCUCAUAGAUUUGACUGCCUGUUUGUUCCUCACAGUGAGCCGAAGGUUGGUCGCCAACCUUACGUGAAAGCCCAGAUCAAGGUACUGAAAAUCAGUGGUCUUUUCUAAGAAUGGAAAGAGGGCUAAAUCAUAGUCAUGGGCCUGUCCACUCCCUGCUUCCUCUUCCAUGGUCUCUUGUUUCGAUCCCCCACAUUCCUCAUGUGAGGAAGCCAGUAGCCCUAAUAUUGGUCUAAUAUUAAUACAAGCGCUUCAGGAGGGAAUGGGAAGUGUCUCUAGAAUCACUAUUCAAGCUGUCAGUUUAGAACCAGUUUAUUAAUUGAAAUGAAUCCUCAGGCUCCAUCCAGCUAUAGUCUUCCUGGAGCUAGCUUGGAAAGGCUUGACAGCCUUUUCAGCUGACACGCCAUAGAAAAAUAACCAGGACAGCCAGAGAAAGCAGUACUUCCACUUCCUAGGGGGAAAAGAAAUGGAAAAAGGUGUCUUAUUUUGGCCAUUUCUGCUUAUAAUUACUGAGCCAUGAAAGCGACAUUCUUAUAGCUAUUUAAAAAGAGAGAACUUCAAAUAUGAGUUGUGAUGGCAGACGGAACCAUGGACAGCACCAAACUUUAUUGACCUUGCAUUGCAGGUAGGGUAUUUAGGAUGUAUUCAGUUUUUGACUAUUUUUCUGAUAGCUGACAGUUUCCUUUCAAAGGUUAUGACAUUCUAACUGGAGAACUGCCUUGGUUUUCCAGUUUUUCCUAUCUUCCUUGUCUCCCAUUGGAUAGGAUAUCUAAGAUGUAAGAUACCUAGGGAAAUUCCUCAGUACACUGGUGUUCUUUGGAAAUGAACUGGGAAAAUGACUUUUUCCAUAUCAAGGGUUUGAGAUAUACCCAUCCAAAGGGAUCAUCCAGAGGAAUCUUUUUCUUUUUCUCUCAAACUUCCUAUUUCUACCUCUGAAAUCAGGUGUUGGAGUCAAGGGAAGCACUUUCUUUACCAAAGCUUGAAUGCUACUUCAGACACAUUUAUCUUUCCUCGUUCUUUUUUAUGGUCUAAUAUAUGCUGAUUUGCAAAAAAUUCCAGAAAAAUUUAAUACCAGUAAACCUCCAGCUGAAAACUCCCUCAAAUCUCCUUCAGAAAUUCAGGAAGUAUCUUACUGUUUCAGAAGGUAUCUUAAUGUUUCAGAAGGUGAAUCCCAUUGAGUUGGGGACCUAAAAGUUGAGAAAAUCACAAUUUGAAAUUAUAUGUGAAGCAAAUGGCAUUAUGAGUAAUGUUUGCAUACACUGACAGGUGACUUCAAAGGAAUUGUAUGUUAAAAAUGGUGAGAAAGGACAGCAUAACUCAGUAAGUCUGCCAUCUUAACUGCCUUUCCCCAUUUACAUGGCUUUUGUUCUCCUAAUUCCUACCUUACUCAGCGUCUUUCUGCCUUCCCCACCAUCAGAUAGGGAAAUAUUCUUGGCCUCCCAACUCUCUUGUUUGGAUUAUAAAUCUCCACAGGCUAGGAGACAUGAUGCAGUUAGGGUUAUAUCAGUACAUAAAAGAUGAGUGCACUGGCCUUGAUGUUGGGGCCUAAUAUUUUAUUAUCACUUAGUGCCACCUGACCUAAAGUUGAGGAGAUUGAGCACACCUGGAUCACAUGAAGUGCUUUAUUUAGGUGAUGUCAAGAGCAUUCCUUUAGCCAUUGCAAUUUUGAAAUACGUUCUUCAGGAAAGAGAAAAUUGUCCAGUGAUUAAGGAAUAGGCAAUGGUCUGAACCAUUUUCUCCCAGGGAUGACUUCUGUAGCCUGUUGGCAUGAAAGAAGCCAUUUUAUGCCUUGAAAUUUAAUUUUCCGGUAUUUACUUACAGUAAUUUACUACAAUUUACUACAGUGGAAGGAGGAGGAUGGUGCAAUAUCAGGACUUGUCCUAGAUAGAGGGAAUCAUUAUGCUUACUAUAGCCAUAAUUUGUGUUCAGUCUUUCUAUCAAACCAUGUUCAACAACAUGGUGCCAUCAAUCUAACGAGGACAAUCAAAUAACCUAUUCCUUGCCUUGAAGUUGACACCCGCUAAUCAUACACUCAAAAGUGUUUAUCAAACCAAUGAUUUGACACUCAUUUCUUCAUGUAGGCUGUUUUUUCUGCACCCUAUCUCCUGCACCAUUACUGGUUAAGAGGAAGGAUGACAACACUACUGGAAAGAUGUGAGCCCUUAAGGAUAGGGAAUUUCCGUAUCCCUUCCCACUGUCCCUAGGCCCUCCUGGGCUGCAGUAAUGAUCCCAACUUGGUAGGAGCAAGGAGAAAGAGAGGAUGUAGGAAAUCCUGGGAACACAGGUAGAUGGUAACACAUUUCUUUGAAUUUGUAUUUGAAACUGUGAGCCCCUCAGCAAAAACCAUAAAGCUCCUGAACUUUGUUACUUGUGAAGAUCAACUUUCUUGUCAUUUUCUUGUGUAGCACGGAGACUUGUAUCUAAUGAAUAGUAUUUGGAAGGGGCAUGGGGUGAAAACGUUUGUCCUUUCAAACCCUCUCCCUCCACUGUCAUCUUUCUCUUUACCCCCACCUUCACUCUGUUGAUCUAAAUGAUAAUUAUUCUAUGAAGCCCUGAGCUGUAGUUGUCAAAAGUAACUAUGAAAUGUGAUUAGUCCUCUGUGGGUGCUUCUUUCUUUCCCUCCUUUUCUUUUUCUUUCUUCUUUCCUUCCUUCUUUCCUUUCUUCUUUCCUUCUUCCUUUCUUUCUUCCUUCCUUCCUUCCUUUCUUUCUCUCUCCCUCCCUCCCUCCCUCCCCUCUCUCUCCACUCCUGGGUAAGUGGAAAAGGUGAGGACAAAGAACUGCCGCUUGCUUGGACUCAUGCUGUAUCUGUGACUGCGCUAUUAGCUCUCUUUUUUUCUUUCUCAAAUGGAUAGAAAAUUUUUUGAAGUGUGGAGUACCCUUCUUGAUAAGUAGGUAUAAAAAAUGCACAAUGUGGUACUGUUUCAUAGUUUCUAGAUGGAUGUAUAAAGCAAAAAGUUAAUGUGGUUAUGUGUUUUUAAAAGAAAAAAGUGAUUGGUUACAGAACUCUGUCCUUUUUUCCAUUAUUACAAGCUCUUUUUGUUUUCCAACAA